CUAUCAAAGUCGAGAUCGAGGUCGAGAUCAAAGUCUGCUGUUUGAGCUGCAGUAGCUGUUAACAAGAAAGAAAGACAUCUAGAUCUAUUAAAUUCCUAUCCUCCUUGGAAAAAUACUAUCACAAUUCAUAAAAGACAGAGAGCGACUGAAUCAUGAAACUACUCUUUAUCUCCCUUCUCGUUAUUUUCUCAGUCGUUAAAGCAGAAUGGACACUAUCAGUACGUCUUAUUAGCUAUUCUAAGCAAUACAGUUUAGUAUUAGUCCAAGGAACUAGUCUGGAAUACUGCUGUUGCAAUUGCAAUGGACUGCCCAAUUGCUGUGAUCAAAUAGCUACCAUAAUAAAUCCCAGGUGUGGUAAUAAUUGUGGGAUUCGUCUCUCUGUGUGUGGAAGGCAAGGAAGUGGACCAUCAAUGUGUAGUAAUACCACAUCAUCCAUUUCACUUGGCCAUAAUGCUACCUUUGAGGAGAACAGAGCUUAUGGAGGUCUACAAAACCCAAUUCAAAUAAUGUUUGGAAACUUAAGCUCUGAAAAUAUUAUCCUUGAGAUGUCUGUCAUGAAUGAAGAUGAACGUAUUUCAAGUCUUGGAAGUUUCUCGGUAUCAAUUCCUCCACAGUUAACCACCUCAUACUCUAACAAAAUGACAUCCAAUACUCACAAUAAUGAAUUUCUGUCUGCAAGUAUCACCUAUGACUACAGAUUGACUUGCUCACCAGAAUCUGCUUGCCCUAACAGUAGUCCUAGUCCUAGUCCUAGCAACAGCCCUAAUGGUAUUGGCAGUAUCUUAGUGAAGAGUUCAGUCUGGCUACUGAUACUAAUCACACUGUUGAUAAGUGUUGCUGCAGUGCAUUGAUGAUUAACUAUUUUUUUGAUUUUGCUGAAAUAAUUAUGUUGCUACUUUUUUGAAAAAUGAUUCCUUUUUGCUUUUUAGA